AUGACCGAUGCAAAGACCAAACAGAAAGCUAUCGAGGCUGUUGCUGACAUUUUUGGAGUGGAUUCAAUUACAGCUAAUAUGAAUGAUCAAAAAGUGACGAUAGUUGGAGAAAUGGACACGGUCGCAGUAGCCAAGAAACUGAAGAAACUUGGGAAGAUUGACAUUAUAUCUGUUGGCCCAGCCAAAGAAGAGAAGAAAGACGAGAAGAAGGCUCAAGAAAUGAAAGAUCACAAAAAAUGA